CCGCCGUGUCGUUGGGGGGCAAGGAGGGCGGGAGCGGGCCGAGGGCGGCAGCGCAUGGGACCGGAGGGAAAGACGAGGAGAAGCCGCCGCCGCCGCUCUCGCCGCUGAUUCCCGAAGCCGCCAACGCCGCCCUGCGCUGGGGGAGGCCGCCGAGGCCUACCAGGCUGCCGCUGCUCCUGCGGCAGGAACCGCGCCGCGGCCAGAGAGAGGCGCAGGCACACGCGCGCCGGCCCGGCUCGCCCUCUCCGCCUCCGCCGGGGAUCGGGGCCUUGCUCCUCCUCCUGCUGCUGCUCCUUUUUUCUCCUCCUCGUCUCUGGAUUCUCUGCCGGGAGGGUUCAAGUAGGGAUAUGUCCUCAGCACCAACCACUCCUCCAUCAGUGGAUAAAGUAGACGGAUUUUCUCGGAAGUCCGUCAGAAAAGCCAGGCAGAAGAGGUCGCAAAGUUCCUCCCAGUUUCGGUCUCAGGGCAAGCCUAUAGAGUUAACUCCACUGCCUCUGCUAAAAGACGUUCCAACUUCAGAGCAACCUGAGUUGUUCCUAAAGAAACUUCAGCAGUGCUGUGUCAUUUUUGACUUCAUGGACACACUUUCUGAUCUUAAAAUGAAAGAAUACAAGCGCUCAACUCUUAAUGAACUUGUGGAUUACAUUACAAUAAGCAGAGGCUGUUUGACAGAGCAGACUUACCCUGAAGUAGUUAGAAUGGUUUCUUGCAAUAUAUUCCGAACACUUCCUCCUAGCGAUAGCAAUGAGUUUGAUCCAGAAGAAGAUGAACCCACCCUUGAGGCGUCAUGGCCACAUUUACAGCUUGUAUAUGAAUUUUUCAUACGAUUUUUGGAAAGCCAAGAAUUCCAGCCCAGCAUUGCCAAAAAAUACAUAGAUCAGAAAUUUGUACUACAGCUUCUGGAACUGUUUGACAGCGAAGAUCCUCGUGAGCGGGACUACCUAAAAACAGUCUUACACAGAAUUUAUGGAAAGUUCCUUGGUCUUAGAGCAUUUAUCAGGAAACAGAUUAACAAUAUUUUUCUACGGUUUGUUUAUGAAACUGAACACUUCAAUGGUGUAGCUGAACUGCUGGAAAUAUUAGGAAGUAUUAUCAAUGGCUUUGCUUUACCUCUUAAAGCCGAGCAUAAACAGUUUUUGGUGAAAGUACUGAUUCCUCUACAUACCGUUAGAAGUUUAUCGCUCUUCCAUGCACAGUUGGCGUAUUGCAUAGUGCAGUUUCUGGAGAAAGACCCUUCACUCACAGAGCCCGUCAUUAGAGGUUUAAUGAAAUUCUGGCCGAAAACUUGCAGUCAAAAAGAAGUCAUGUUCCUUGGAGAGCUGGAGGAGAUACUGGAUGUGAUUGAACCCUCACAGUUUGUCAAAAUUCAAGAACCCUUGUUUAAACAAAUAGCUAAGUGUGUGUCUAGCCCUCACUUUCAGGUGGCUGAAAGAGCACUGUACUAUUGGAAUAAUGAAUACAUCAUGAGUUUGAUAGAGGAGAAUUCCAAUGUAAUACUUCCCAUAAUGUUUUCCAGUCUGUACAGGAUUUCCAAAGAACACUGGAACCCGGCUAUUGUGGCUUUAGUAUACAACGUGCUGAAAGCAUUUAUGGAAAUGAACAGCGCCAUGUUUGACGAGCUGACGGCCACUUACAAGUCAGAUCGCCAGCGCUUAUCCAAAGCAGCAGGUGAAACUAAUGAGGAAACUUCGGGAACUCUGGGCAGUUUGCGACUUGGUGAAAGUCGUGCCUUUUGUGAGACUCGGGGUUCCCACAAGCAAAGCGAAGGGUACUGUAUGUCAUCAAGCCUUGUUAGCGAGAAGAAAAAGGAGAAGGAACGUGAAGAGCUAUGGAAGAAACUGGAGGAUUUGGAACUAAAGCGGGGUCUUAGACGGGAUGGGAUAAUUCCAACUUAACAAAAAGCAGCAAAGCAGCAUUUAAAUAACCUGUGGAGUCACACAUGUAUGUAGUAGAAGAUGGAGCAACAGUUUUCUGUAUUGUGCAACUUUACAGUAGAUUUCACAUUUGUUUCAUUAUUACAACAGCACUGUAUAUAUCUGUCUCUAAGUAAAGGAAAACAAACAAACAAAAAAAGAACUUCAAUCCAAAGUUUGGACAACAGAUGGACUUCUCAGAACUUUGCAAAAAUAAUCAUUGUUUUAACCCUUCUUUAAACCAGUCUUCAAAAGAUCUGUUGAAAUUGCUAUGUCCAAAUUCCAUUGUCAGGACCUCUUCCUUAUUUAUCGUUAGCAGAGAGUAAUACAACUUCAAAUGUGAACAAUCUUAAAUUCAGCUUGUCUUUCUGCUAAACUGUUAAAUGUAUUUAUAGUAAAAGAGAGAGAGAGAAAAAAAAGAUUGUCAUUUUCUUAUGAGUUUGUGUAACAUCUUUCUCCUCCAGAUAACUAUGCUGUAAUUUGACUUGGAUUUUUUUGUUUUUGUUUUUUUCCUUUUUUUUGCACAUCUUCAUGAGUUGAAUGUUUAUACAGAUCAGGGCCGUAAAAAGAAAAAAAAAAAUAGAGGUCCUUUAAAUGCUAAGAGUUUGUUCUGGUAUACGCAACUUUUGAGUACCAGACCUGCUUUGGUGCUCCUUCAGUGUGAACAUUACGAGUAACUAUAAUGUGGUUAUAGGCGGACUUGGGAGGUGUGCAUUGGGAUUUGCCAAUGAAUCAGUUGCUUGCGAAUCCCACCUCACCUCACCAGUCCUUAUCAAAGUGUGCAGUGGCAACAACGCAGACUUCAGUAUCCGACCAGUAUUAAGCUGUACACGGUUGAUAAAAUGGCCAGAUUUGUCUUAGGAAUACUGAGGAUAAAUUAUUGCAUUGCUAUACAUUUUCUUUAGGCUAUUUGGAAAUAAUAAAACAAGAGUACAUCUAAAAAAAAUAUUGAUCGUGUAUGGUCAUCAUGGAGCUAAUAUGGGGGUGGGGGUGGGGAGUUGAGCAGACAGGUUGGAUUGUUUGAAGUUGUUGCCUUACCUUUCUAAAUAUUUAUUAAACAUUCCAGCCAAAAAAGAAAAAGAAAAAAAGAUUCUGUGGUGGUUUUUGCAACUCUGUUUCUUAUCACAGCAACAUCUUGUUUUGAGCUGGAAUGGAUUACGGAUAACAUACUUCAGCAUUCUGAACUUGGGUGCUCAUUUCCUAAUUACUGUAUUUGUUACCAAAAGUGGUUCUAAAAAAUACUAUUGGGGAGCAGGGGGGGGGGGAGAGAAUAUUCCAAUUCUGGCAAACCUAAUGUCUUGAGUAUUAAUAAUAAAAUUUUAAAUGAUUUUAUAUCAAAGGUGCAUUGUGACCAAAUUGUUUAAGGUUAAAAACAAAGCAAAAAAAAUAUAUAUGGAAAAAAGAGAGGGCUGUAUUAUAAAUAUACAUUACUGGCUAUCUGCUUUGUAUUUAAAAGUGGAAUCUCACAUCUUUGGUAGAUAAAAUGCUGAUAAGACUUGUGUACAGUAUAUAUUUAGCUAAUGCAGGUACAUUAUUAUAUACCGUAAGGUAUGUGUUUUUCAGGAUUUUUCUCCAGGAUGCUUUUGAACUGUUAUAGACAACAUAUGACAACAAUGAUUGAUAAUCCUAAACCAUUGAUCCAGCAGUAUUUACAGUAUAAAGCUGAAUUGGUGUUCAUAAGUCUUUUGUGAUAGUCGCAAACAUGAAUUUACAACCUGUUGCCAUUGAUAGAAGUACAGUAUAAAUACGAGCUUGUAUAUUUUUCUUCCUGCCAUUUAAAUAUUUGGUAGAAUUGGGGGUUUCUUGUUUCCAGGCCAAAUAAAUAAAUAAAUAAAACGAGAGAGCAGGGAGAUUCCCCUCUCUUGUCAGACGGACUACUGUUUCGGGGUUAGCAGGUCACAGUUUGUACAUGUGAGUCUUUGCACAUGGAUAUUGUAAACUCAAGAGCUUUGUAAAAACUUGACACUGCUAAUUCAUUGGGGGGGGAGGGCGUGUGGAAACGAGAAGUAAACUAGCCAUAUGCAACACCAAACACAACAUGGUUUAAUGGGAUUAAGCUAAGCCUCUUUUAAGAACAUUGACUGGGACUCAAUGUAUACAUGGCAGAUGCUGCCAUAGGUGAAACGUUCUAUUUUAAAAAAAAAGUGCUGGAGCAAAAGGUGCAAGCUGAAAUACUGAAGAUGAAAUAAAUUUAUAACAAAUCAUA